AUGGCAAUGACAGAGAAAAAGAUUCUGACGGCAUCAUGCCACUGUCGCAAUGUCCAGUUCACCGUCAGCAUUCCCGUGGAGAUUCUCCCCUUGGAAGUACAUAUGUGCCACUGUAGCGUUUGCCGAUACACAUACGGCGCACCAUGCUGCUUCCAUGCCGACCUGCCUCCAGGAAUUGAACCCGAAUUCACUGGGCCAUCCAGCUUGGAAAAAAUGACCGCCUAUUCCCUGCCAAGGUCAAACACAAAGACAUACUUCUGCAGCACCUGCGGCUGCUGCAUCGGAGGAUGUAACGACACAUGGACAAUAUCUACCUCGAUUUUCGACGCUAACAGAGACGAUGAGGGAAUCUGGCUGUAUAACUCGCAUAUGCUCCCUGACUCUGCACCGGAUGGGGGUCUAGCAGCAGUACUCUCGGAAAUUGACGGGCUCCCACUACAGAUCGACGAUCUGGGUGGACGGGCCCUGCCGGAUGUCAGUCUUUCCAAGGAACUCCAAAGCAACCAAAGCGAGCUACGUGCGGAGUGUCAUUGCGGCGGCGUUUCCUUUACGAUCGCCCGACCUAGCGAGGAAUUCAUCGCCAGACCUGAAAGUAAAGGUUGGCUUUCUGAUGUUGAUAAGAGCAAAUGGCUUGCUUGCAUGGAUGUUUGUGAUGACUGUCGCUUGGUUACUGGAACGAAUGUCAUUGCGUGGAUGUUUGUUGCACGCGAUCAUAUCACGCCUCGUCUACCAAAGGAUCUAUGCAUCGGGACGGCGAAGAGCUAUCGGUCAACUGAGGGUGUGAAUCGCGUUUUCUGCGGCGAUUGUGGUGCAACAAUCUUUUAUUCUUGCGAUGAAAGACCGAAUAUCGUUGAUGUAUCCAUGGGCAUUUUGCGUGCACCUGAAGGGGCGAUGGCUGAGAAUUGGAGCGUGUGGAGGGCUGGACGCCCUGCUUGGCCGGAAAAUGGAAUGCGAUAUCAUGCGGGAUUUAGUCGCGCGUUGAUCGAGGGAAUGAAGAGGUGGGGAGCUGAGCGUGGGCACCCGCAGGAGUUUGAGAUUCCAUAG